AUGAUCAAGGUACCACGGAACGUCUGGUCAGUAGGCAAAACAGAACGUGAGAGUAUUGAAGAAGACACACAAUUGUCGGUCUUUAAGCGGAUAUCCCGGAUAUUGAUAUUACGAGAUCACUCUCAUAUUGCUAUUUCGUUCCACGAGCCAAAAUUUUGUUCUAAAGCAGCAUGGGAUCCAAACGCAACAGUGUUUGCUUCUUGUGGCGUAAUUGGCACACGUCCACAUCAUGUAUUUGUGGACAUUGAUGACACAGUUUAUAUAACAGUAUUAGACAUGAAUGUUGUCCAAGUAUGGCCAGCAGACAGUGAUAAUAUCACAAGAGUAGUUUCUGGUAACCUCAAUUCACCGGCUACUACUUUUGUUACAGCCAAUGGUGAUAUUUAUGUCGAUAAUGGAAAUAAUGGUCAAGUUGAUAAAUGGACUUUAAAUGCAACUGAGGGUAAAUCAGUAUUUGAUGUUUUAGGACAAUGUAUAGGACUUUUCAUUGAUGUCAAUAAUACUAUCUAUUGCUCUAUGGAUAUUCAACAUUUAAUCAUGGCAAAGUCAUUAGACGACAACUCAAACAAAUCGAUGAUUGUCGCUGGUAACGGAACAGUAGGAUCAGAAUCGAAUAGCCUUAAUAUGCCAAAUGGGAUUUUUGUGGACAAGAAUUUAUAUUUAUAUGUAGCCGAUUGGGGAAAUAAUAGAGUGCAAAGAUUUCCAUCGGGACAAUUGGAAGCAACAACGGUGGCAGGCAAUGGAGCUCCAGGAACAGUUUCACUUGCCGGCCCAAUAGCAGUUGUUCUCGAUGGCGAUGGUUAUCUCUUCAUUGUUGAAUGGUAUACAGCUCGUGUUGUUGCAUCUGGACCACACGGUUUUCGAUGCAUCGUUGGUUGUACUGGUACAAUUGGAUCGACUGCAUAUACUUUAGCAUAUCCUCGAAGCAUAAGUUUUGACAGUUAUGGGAAUCUAUACGUUUUGGACAAUGGUAAUUGUCGGGUUCAGAAAUUUAUGUUUUUAAAUAAUUCGUGCGAUCCAUCGUCGACGCCAGCAACGCUUACAAUACCGACUGUAGAUGUAUUUGAAACGUCAUUUAAUCGACCACAAUUUUGCUCGGGUGCAUUGUGGAAUCCCAAUGGCACAACGUUUGUUGAUAACAAUACGAUUGGGUCAGAACUUGGCGGAAUUUUCGUUGAUACCAAUGAUUCUAUUUACCUGGUAAUGAGAAAUAUCAAUGCAAUUCGAAUAUGGUAUAAUGGAGACACGAAUAGCGCAAGAACAAUUCCUUCUAAUUCCACAGGAAUGCUAAAUAUUUUCGUAACUAUAAAUGGUGAUAUUUAUACUAGUAAUCUCUUUAAUGGUAAUAUUACUCGGUGGACGAUGAAUGCUACUGAAAAUACGAUUGAUGCUGUUGCUUUUCAAUCAUGUAUAGCAAUUUUCAUUUCUCUAAAUAACUACCUUUACUGUUCCAUGUUCGAUACUCAUCAAGUAAUAAAAACCUCACUUAACAAUGCAAAUUCUUCGUCUGCAUGGGCUGUUGUCGCCGGUAAUGCAACUGCAGGAUCUGCACCAAAUACACUUUGUCUACCAAAAGGCAUCUUUGUUGACACAAGUUUGAAUUUGUACGUAGCUGAUUGGUCAAACAACCGUAUUCAAAAAUUUCGUUAUGGGCAAUUGGAUGGAAUAACUUUAGCAGGAACAGGUGCGCCAAAUACGAUUCAACUCACGGGUCCAUCGGAUGUUAUUGUUGAUAGUAAUAAUUAUCUUUUUAUUGUUGAUUGGGGUGGCCAUCGAAUCGUAAAAUCUGGACCGGAUGGUUUUGGAUGCCUGUUAGGAUGCACUGGUACAGUUGGACGAGCAUCAGAUCAGCUGUAUUAUCCAUCUUGGCUUGCAUUUGAUCAUUUUGGUAAUAUCUAUGUUACCGAUGAUGGUAAUACUAGAAUUCAAAAAUUCACUUUGAUUUAUAACAAUUGUAGUCAAACAACGACAAAUGAAGUCGUCACAACUUAUGCAGAAACAUCUACAUAUUCUACUGAUCCUAUUUCCGAAACCAGUUCGUUUGUUGACAAUGAAACUACUACACCAGAGUCGAUACGACCUACCUCUAUAACUGAAGGAGAUUCUUUUUCUACAGACGUAAGUUCCACUGGAUAUGUCGAAGAUACGGUAGAAACCACUACCGAUGAAAUUUCAACUAUAAACCUCAACUACACAACUGAAGCACUAGAAGUACCGACAGAUACUAUGCAGUAUAGUGAAACAACAGUAUUGAAUUCAAUCGAAAUCUCUACGGACGGAAGUUCAAUCGUAAGUAUAGAUAAUACAACUGAAGGAUUACAAGCAUCAACACAAGAACAAUCAAAAUUUAGUGCGAUAGAAACUUCUACAAUCGAUGAAAAUUACUUCUCUACGGAUGAGCAUUUUACGACCAGUACUGAUAAGAGUGCUGAAGGCCUGUUCUCCACAGUACAAUAUACCGAAACUUCCAUAGACGAAAGCUCGCCCAUAAAUAUCAAUAAUACAACUACAACAGUACAAACAUCAAUCGAAGAAGUGUCGACAGGUACUCAACAGUAUAUUAUGACGGCACCAUUGGAUACUGUUCAACCAUCUACAAGAACUCCAGAGCUCGAAAAUACUUCGCCAAUCAUACCGGGUAAUUAUCCAACCUAUAGUUGUACAAAUACGUCACUCUUGACACCAGCGCAAUAUCGCCGGAGUGAUAAUAUUCUGAUCAAUCACAUCAUUAAUAAUAAUUGUACACCGUUACAUUCAUAUUUUAAACGAUGGAUUGUAACUAAUUGUACUUCAUCAUGUGAAUUUCAAGUUAAUAUCAAUUAUUUAUUAAAUAUAACAACAAAUCAAAUUUUGAUUCCUGCACGAACUCUUCCCUAUGGCGUUUAUCGAUUGAAAUUAGUUCUAACAAUGAGAAAUUCAACGGCAACAAUCAUAGCUUCGUCAUCCGUAUACAUUGCAAUUAUUCCAGCAACUAUUAUUGUCAAUCUCGUUCAAUAUGGUACUUCUGUGAUAACCAGUAGUUAUGAAAAUGAUUUAAUCUUAGAUCCAGGAAAAUAUUCAAUCAAUCCAGAUUCAGAUAUAUUUGAUACAACUAAUUGGAACUACACAUACUAUUGUCAAACAGAUGAUACGGAUAAUAUGAUCAUUGAUGGCGCAUUAAUUCCAUUUGAAGAGCCAAAUCAUCCAUGCUUUUUAAAUAAAUCAAAUAACAGUAGAGGAUGGAGUUACAGUUCGUUGGAUGUUCCACAAUCAGCAGUAAUUAUAUCUGCUGGUUCACUUCUUAGUAAUAGAACAUAUCGAUUUCUUGUGAAUAUGGUCCAUCAUGAAAAUUCUCAUGUACAAGCCAAUGGUUAUGUAUCAGUCAAUGUGGAAAACGUUAAACUUCCGAUGAUUGCGGUCGCCUGUGUUAUUCAAACGAUGUGUUCAGCAAGUCUUCAAUAUCAAUAUAUCAAUCCCACGACGCAAAUAGCGCUAUUCUCUGUUUGUGUAGGAAAUUGCACCUUGUUAACAAACAUAGCAUGGAAUAUUUAUCAAGGAUCGAUAAAUUUUUCGACGAAUAUCGUCACAUGGGUUCGAUUGAGCUUAUUUUUCAAUAAUAGUCAAUUGUUUGGCACGAAUACGAGAAAUUUAACAGUAGCAAAUCAACUAUUUUCUCAAUAUACGAAUGGAUCUUAUUGGCGUUUUGAAGUUGUUUAUACAUUCAACAAUAAGCCAAGUUUAGGUGCCUUAGAUUUUGUUAUGAAUCAACCACCACGAUCUGGUUCUUGCUCAAUCAAUCCUCCAAACGGAACAACAAUAACUUUAUUCCAAAUUACUUGUUCAAAUUGGUUCGACGAAAACGGUAUCAAAGAUUAUUCAUUCUACGCCUACACAACUGAUUCUACAAAACAAAUUAUGCUUGGUUUUACUAACACACCAAGUUUUCAAGUGCAAUUACCAUCGAGCAUUACAAAUUCAUCCAUUGUGAAUAUCAUUGUCACUAUAAAAGACGGAUUGAAUGCGAUAACACACGUACAGUUGCAGCCUGUGGUCGUUUAUCUUGAUUGGACCGAAAUAAAUACGUUUAUCGAUAUGAUUGAACAUUCAAAUUUCCAAUCGACUAAUCCAAAUUCAAUAGCACACCUUCUGGCAAACGGAGAUGCAAAUAGUUUGACACAGAUUGUAACUGUAAUAUCAGAAUUUUUGAAUGAGAUGAACGAAAAACAAACUGAGAAUGCAGUCAAAAACGGAGUUCCUUUCACAAGUAUAUCCGUAUCAUUUUCAAAUGUAAUUGAUCAAUUUCUCUCUUCAACUACGUUGAACGUAUCAACAUUGAAAAUCUUUACUGAUUAUCUAAAUCAACAUGCUGUUGUACGUGAUUAUUUGAUCACGUACAUAACAAAUCUGCCAAUGACAACUUGGAAUAAUAUUGCAUUACAAUCAUCCGCUCUAUCACAACUAACAAAUGCACCAAACGAGUUAACUCGAACAACUUCGAUCUUAGCAUCAACUAAAUGUUACCAAUUAUCAAUCGCUUUACAAUCAAUGGCUGAUCAAAUUUCAUACGAAGAGCUGCAAAAAGCUGCGCAAUCGAUUGUCCAAUGUGCUGCUAACGUUUACACCGCAAUCAAUGAACCUUUACAAGAUCGAGGAAUUAUUCUGGAUCUUGAUUUUAAUCGAGCAAAUAUGCUUCCUGAUGACUACGAUACUGAUCUGGAAUCAGUCUGGUCUAAUCUAAAAUUGUUUGCGAUCGGAGAUGAUUAUUCUUGGAAUACGAUUCAACAAGAAAGAAAUCGUUAUUAUCAAAAGCAAACGGCUAAUACAAUCAAUCAUCAAUUGACUGAGAUAAUUUCUUCCAUAACAGCUGCAUUUCAAAUACAUUUAAAUAUCGAACAAAAAAUAGUUCUAAACACAACAUCAAUGUUCUUUUCAUUAGAAAAAUUAUCACUUCAAUCGCUUCCAAAUAAACUCCUUCUAUUGAUCGGAAAUGGUCGAAUCAAACUUCCAGCUAAUUUAAAUCUAAUCGAAAAUUCCCCAGAUAUCGUUCUGCUUCGAUCUAUCAUGUUACCACUUGCACCAAAAGGAAAUUCUCCUCCCUCACCCUAUACUAAUCUGUCGACAUUAAUUUCAUUAUCCGUGAUUGAUUUAAAUAACAAUGAGAUACAUUUAUCUACUAAAAUGAAUGAUUCUAUUGAAUAUCUUAUUCCUCGUGAUGUCAAUGCACAAUUCUCCUCGAUAAUCUUACAAAAUGUAACAGCGAUGAGUAACUUCAAUCGAACAUUCAAUUUGCAUUAUAUGAAUUUGACACGAAUGAAUAAUUUAAGCAUCUCUUUGCAUAUCGAAAUGUAUCCAAUCGAUAUUCAACUUGCUUACAUGUUUAUUUAUAAAUUUGAUGAUACACCACAAUUAAAUCGAUUUGAUGGAAGAUCGUUGUUUUGUCCAUCAGAUUUGAUGAAUGAUAGUUUUUAUACAUAUUUUAUCGACAAUGAAUAUGUAUCAUGGCAUCAAUCGAUUAUAUUUGGUUUUCGACAAUUGAAUUCCAUGGAAAUUGAUGCACUCUGUUCGAAUAUUUCUAUGCAAUCAGAUCUUUCCAUGAUUAGUUUUAACAAUUCAUUCAAUUUUUCAUCGAAUUACAAAUUACGCCUCUAUACAUCCGGCUGCUAUUAUCUCGAUUCGAAUUACAAUUGGCUAUCCGAUGGUUUAAUUGUUGGUUCAUUGACUAAUCUCGUUCAAACCCAAUGCUUUUCGACACGUGCUGAAACACUUGCUGGUGCUUUACAUUUAUUACCGUCACCGAUUGAUUGGAGUUACGUAUUUGCUCAUGCAAGUUUCUCGCAAAAUAAAACGAUUUAUGUAACAAUCACCAGUGUUUUAUUUAUUUAUUUCGUAUUAAUUGUUUAUGCUCGAGCUCAUGAUAAAUAUGAUCUUAAACAGUUGGAAGUAUCGAUUUUAGCAAGUAAAGCCGAAAUGAAUGGUUAUGCUUAUCAAAUCAUUGUUUUUACUGGUUUCCGUGUAAAUGCAAAUACUGAAUCGAAAGUUCAUUUUGUCAUGGUUGGAAAAAAUGAUAAAACAAGCAUUCGAACAUUUUCCAGUUCACAUCGAAAGAUAUUUCAGCGUGGAGGAAUCGAUUCCUUUAUUAUCACUACUCCCAAAUCAUUGGGAUCGUUAGAAUAUAUUCAUAUCUGGCACGAUAAUAGUGGUCAAGGUUCAGCCGCUUCAUGGUUUUUGAAGCAUAUCAUCGUACGAGAUUUACAAACAAUGAAAGAGUUCUGUUUUAUUUGUCAACGAUGGUUAGCAGUUGAACAUGAUAAUGGAGUGAUCGAACGUCUUUUAUCAGUUGCAAGUGAAAACGAAAAACAUAAUUAUUCGAAUAUCUUAUCGAAAAAAGUCUAUGAAAAUCUGUCCGAUCGUCAUUUAUGGUUUUCAAUAUUUAGUCGCUUAAAAUCAAAGAAAUUUACACGUGUUCAACGAUGUACAUGUUGCUUUGUUCUUUUUUUCAUCACAAUGCUAUUUAAUAUUCUAUACUACGGAAAAACAAAUCAAUCGGAACAUAUCAAAUACAAUAUAAGUAUCACCAUAGGUCCAUUUUACAUCUCCUUACAACAGAUCAUCGUUGGUAUGAUAAUGGAGGUAUUUUCCUUGAUUCCGAGUGUUUUCCUCGUUCAAUUCUUUCGCCGCAUAAGAUCGAAAGGAGAGAAUCGAAAAGCUCGAGAAAUAACUUUUCCCUGGUGGUGUACUUAUUUCGCAUAUGGCCUAUCGUUUCUUUUUAUUGGCACAUCACUUUUAUUUAUUCUUGUUCGAAGUAUUGAAUUAGGUGAUUUACAAGUACAGAAAUGGUUAACAUCAAUUCUUGCUGGUUUUAUCUCAUCUGCUUGUUUAACUCAACCUAUUCAAAUAUUGAUUAUUACGAUUUUUACAAUAAUUUGCUUCAGAAAAGAAGAUAAUCAGAGACAAUCAAUUGAUGAUUAUAUUUUGAAUCGAAAUGAAGAAUAUAUUCAAAUGAUUGAAGAUCAUUCGUUAUUUUAUUUGAAAAUUCAUCGCUUGAAUAAAGCGGAAACAGCUCUAGCUCGUCAUCAACGUUUUCGACAAAUACGUAUCCGAGCCAUCAUUGAAGAAAUCGGUCUCUAUCUUAUUUAUCUUGGAACUAUCUACUUUCUCGCAUAUUACAAUUAUAAUACAAACGUAUUCUUACAAGUAAAUCAUCUACGACAUUUCUUUUUGAAUCCAAAUUCACCAAUGAAUGAUUAUACAAACAUUAUGACAAUCAGUGAGUAUUGGUCGUGGUUAGAGAACAGCUUUGUUGAAAAUAUUCGUGCACAACAAUGGUAUAAUGGAGAUGCUCCAAGAAACUUAAGUGGAUUUAUUGAUGAUAAAUCCAAUCGAUUGAUUGGAUGGGCAACAAUGAGACAAUUACGUGUUAGAGCAGAUCUGUGUCAUGUACAUCCAGUUUCUAAAUCAUUGAAUUUAACGUGUGAAGUUGAUUAUAGUUAUUCGAAUGAAGAACAACGUUCGUUUGGACUAAAAUGGAUGAAUUCAACUUUAACUAAUUACAGUUCAUCGAUACUGAAUGCAUUUAGAUAUAGAUCAAGUCAAGAAUUGGAUACAUAUACCUAUGUGGGUGAUCAUGGAACUUAUAAUACUGGUGGAUUUGUCUACGAAUUUCGAGGUUGUCUUUCUGAACUUCGUUCAAAUCUUUCACUUCUUCGUCAAUUCAAAUGGAUAGAUCAAUACACACGAGCUAUUCUUAUUCAAAUGAGUUUAUAUAAUCCUAACAUCCAAAUGUUCACAUCCGUUAGUUUUCUUUUGGAAUUAUUACCCGCUGGAGGAGUAUCCCCAUCGACUCGCUUCGAACCUUUCUAUGUUCAAGGUUUAACAUCAAUUGUUUAUCUGAUAAUCAUCGUCAUACAUGUUUUAUUUUUAAUCUAUUAUAUAAUUAAAGAGUUUCAAGAUAUUCAUCACUUGAAAAUAGGUUAUAUCUGUCGAAUUUGGUCAUUUAUUAGACUUGGGAUUAUCAUCUGUUCUUGGAUUGGUAUGGCAAUCUAUCUAUGGCGAUAUGUUGAAAUCAAACGAGUUACCAAUCUUUUUCAUGAUACAAAUGGCUAUUUGUACAUCAAUCUUCAACUUAUCGCUUAUAUCAAUGAUAUAUUCAAUAUAAUUAUUGGUUUUUGUUGUUUUUUUGGUACGAUAAAGCUUCUUCAUUUAUGUCGAUUUAGUUCACGUUUAUCUGUUUUUAAUGAUACGUUGUCAAGUGCAAAGAACGAUCUGAUUCAAUUUAUGUUUAUGUUUUCAUUUAUAUUUCUUAGUUUCAUGAUUUUGUUCUAUGAAUUAUUCAUAUCCAAAAUACUCUCCUGUUCCAAUCUGAUCCAUACAGCAGUGAUGCUUUUCGAAAUGAUAUUAUUAAAGUUUGAUGUUCAUGACUUAUAUCAAGCUGAUCAAAUACUCGGGCCGAUUUGCUUUAUUUUAUUUAUUAUAUUCGUUGUAUUCAUUUGUAUAAAUAUGUUCAUAUCGAUCAUAGUAGAUCAUUUUCGACGCGUUCAGAAGAAAGCGAAGUCAAGUCAAAACGAAGAUCAAGAAGCAUUUAAUUAUAUGGUAAAGAAAGUUAUAUGUUGGUUAGGAUUUAUCAAACCGAAUCAAUUCGAUUGUCAAGAUGAAAAAGACGAAGCCGUGCGACUGGAAUAUUACGAUACAUUUCAAUAUUUUCCAAUAGUCACUGAUCGACUAAUGGAAAUACUCUAUCGAAUGCGCUGA